UGAGGUUAGUUCCUCUGAGCUGCUGAGGAGGAACCAGAUGGUGAUGGUGAUCACAUCGCUCUCACCAUCAGCAUUAAAAAAAAAAAGAAGGAAAAAAAAAAAAGAGUUAAAUCUCAGAAAACACCACAAAGACUGUUGUGAAAGUAUAAAAACAAUUUAAGGUGAUAUAAUCUAAUAAUUUACUGGCGGAAGAGUGAGUUUUACAGGCGGAGGGCGGGGUCAGGGUCGGCUGGGGCGGGCGGUGCUUUCGGUCGCCCAUGCCCCCUUCUGCCCUCUCCGCUCGCUGCGGGGGGAAGAAGCGUGAACUUGAACGCUACUGCCUGCUUUCCACCCUCUCAGCGCCAGUCCAGGCGGAGGCCAGCCAGCUAGUCUUGUCUUAUCAGUUCGUCCCCGCCGGUGGACUGUCGGUCAGCUUAUCGAAACCGGAGCAGCUGGACGGGCGGGGAGGGGGGUCCUGCUUUUAGGGGCUUUGGGACCCAGAAAGGUGCCCGGCAAGCCGACGCGAUGUCCAGGCGCAAACUUGGGAGCCGACCGCAGCACCUGAGUGCGAUUCAAGAUGUCUGUGAUAUGGAGGAAGCUGCCGACCCGCCAGGCGACCACCACCUUCCUCCUCCUCCUCCUCCUCUUCCACAGGUCCGAGCCCCAGAGGAUGACCUCCUGACCUGUGGGCAGUGCAGCCAGGCCUUCCCCCUGGCCCACAUCCUGGCCUUCAUCCAGCACAAGCAGGGCGGCUGCGUCUCACGGAGCCCAGGCUCCGGGGCCACUCCCCCGUCACCCGCCGGUCGAGCCGGGCGCCAGUGGGUCGCCGGUGUCGAGCCGCAGCCCGGCUUCAUCGAGCUCCGGAGAGGGGCCUCCAGGGGCCGGUCCUGGGGGGACGAGUCCGGCCUGAGCGUGAAGGUGGACCUCAGCAAAUCAGGAUGUGAAGAACCCGCCUUUUUCACCUGCUUUCAGUGUGACGGCGUGUUUUGCUCGGCGUGGGCGCUCCUCCAACACGCCCAGCACACGCACUCCUUCAGCAUCUACCAGGAGGAUGAGGACGAUGACGCCUACGUGGGAGGAGGAGUGGGUCUGAAAGAGAACAAGCCCGCACCGGCCGUUCUGGACCCGCGCCACCUGACCCAGACCCUCGCCUCCGCCUUCCAGCCCACCGCCCAGCGGCGCUCGCGUCAGAACCAAGCCGCCUCGGCGAGCCUCCAGGCCAUGAACUUCUCCGUGCGACUCCGGGAACUCGCUGAGGGGAACAACACCAGCCUCAGCUCCCCCGUGGCGCCCGUCUCGUCUCCGUCCUCGUCUCCGCCGGCAGCGUCGACGUUUCCUCAGUCUGGCGCCGUCCAGGCCGAUUUUCACUGCGAGCUGUGCGACCAGAACUUCCACUCGCUGCGCGCCCUGUCUGCCCACCGCCGGACUCACGCCUGCGACAGGCCCUAUCACUGUGGGGUGUGUGGGCAGGCCUUCGCUCAGAGCGGGCAGCUCGCUCGCCACAUCAGGGGCCACCACCGGGAGGCUGCGGGCGGAGGAAGUGGGUGCGAGUCGGUGGAGGCUGUUCUGAUGGAGGAGGAUAUUGGGAGGCAGGGGCCCCGGGGAAGGCUUCAGGGGCCAGGGAUGAUGGGAAAAGAGCUGGAUCUGACCCUCCCCAAGCACCCGACCGUAGCAUCAGGCCUAAUGCUGUUGAACUCCCACCUCCGACCACCAGACAGGGAGCUACUGAGGCUGUACCCAAACCACAGAGCCGGAGGCGAGGAGGCGGCGGAGGGGCAGGGGGAGCCGCAGCCCGCGUCGCCCUGCGCCAGCCCCUCCGAAGGCUCCCUAGAGAGCGGAGAGACGGGAGGAAGCGGGGAGAGCGGCAUCGCCAGUGGCAACUGCACGCCCAAACGCCCGGAAAUGGGCGAGAGAGCGCGGGGGGUCGGAGAGUGGGAGAACGAACAAGGAGAACUCGUGGAGAGGGAGAAGGAGUGGGCCUCCGGCGUGCAAGAGUGGCAGAGAGACUUUGAGCGGCGAAGCGCCACAGCAGCAGCAGCCGCCGUUGCCGGGGCGAACGCCAGCUCCACUCCAGGUCCCACUGGGAAGAAGAAGAAAGACGAGGCCUGCGAGUACUGUGGUAAGCAGUUCAGAAAUAGCAGCAACCUGACUGUGCACCGCCGAAGCCACACGGGCGAGCGGCCGUACCGCUGCGGCCUCUGCAACUACGCCUGCGCCCAGAGCUCCAAGCUGACUCGCCACAUGAAGACCCACGGUGCCCAGGGGGCCAAGGCCUCCUUCCUAUGCCAGCUGUGCGCCGUGCCCUUCACUGUGUACGCCACCCUGGAGAAACACCUGAAGAAGGUCCACGGCUUGAGCCACGCCAACGUCGGGGCGUACGCGCAGGCCAGCGCCGCCGAUACCUUGGCCGCUUUGAGAGCGGGAGAGGAAGCGGGAGUCGGGGUGGUGAAGAUGGAGGAGGAUGAGGCGGGUCUGGAGAGCAAGGCGCAGGGUUGCGCAGACAGAGACAUGGAGGUGGAAGAAGGUAGAGGGAGUCCAGCAGCAGUGGGGGAUCUCCCACAUGAAAGCGUCGCCGAGGCGGGCCUGGCUUUGGCUUCUGCUCACUGAAUCAGGUUAAAGUCGCGAAGGCGCCGCAUGACUGUCAGCAGCGGGUCGCAACAACUGCCGAGGCCCGCUGCAGCCAGCAGUCGUUCAUAAUCGACUGCGAAGCUGCUGGCUGAAACUAAGUGCCUACAGUUCUUCACAGACCACAGAGAAAAACAAGUCCGUGACAUUCAGCAGGGAGAUUACCAUACCUCGUGAACAGGAAGUGCACUGCCGCAGUCCACACCAACACAGGAAACUGAUCACCAUGCUGCAGCGCAAAAAUGCAAGAGAACAAGAGCGUUUCACGUCUGUAGCGACCCACUGGACAGAUGGAGACGCAUCAACCCAAUCAGAAGAGAUUAUACUGUGUAAAAAAAAACAAAAGCAAUAUAAUACUACUGAGCACUGAUGAGUGUAGAGAGGUCAGACUGUGCUGUUCUCUGUGGAGAAGACCUUUUAAAGACUUUGGAGCCGCCGCAGGGCUGAAAUGAAUCCAAACACUGUCUGCCUGUAGUCUGUCACACACUUUUUAAAGGCGCUUGCUUGUCACAACACUUGUCACUUAAUGUUUACAAGUCCCAUGGGGCCGAGCGAGGCUGUGCUCCUGACCUUGUGAAUAGAUGCUGCAGUGGAUGUAAAAAAAAAAAAGGAAAGAAAGUUUACACACCCUUGUCGAAACGCCAAGUUUCUGUGACCUAGAAAUGAUGAAUCCGUGACGAAUCGUUUCAAAACACAAAUGGGUCCGAGUGUUUCAGUGUUGGAGGGAGAACUGCAAAAACUAAAAACAAAAGGCCCAAUAGCCUGUUUUCAUAAAUUUGUACACCCAUAAUUAAAAGUUUGAAGCACUUUUUGAUUCAGUUUCAACAUUCAGUCUGAAUUAUUUGACAUCUCUGAACGGCCCUCAGAUCACUUUCGCUCUGAACUUUGACUAAGCCGUUACUGGAGGUUUCUGUUCCUCUAGUGGAAUCGUUUUAGUGUAUUCUUGACUCGUGAAUGAUGAAACCCGUCUUCACCUUUGCAGCAAGCACCUGGAAAAAAAGUGACUGAUAUCCAUAGAAGAAGAGUAACCCCAGAGCAUGUUGGCGCCACCACCAUGUCUCUCCAUGGCGAUGCUGUUGUUUUGGUGCCAAAUCUACAUCUGGGAAUCAGGACCCAAAUGUUUCAUUCUGGUCCUGUCACACUUUCUCACACACGCAGGUUUUGGGUCAGAACUGGAUGUUUGGAGGGAAAAAAAAAAAAGGUCUUUCGUCCAGACAUGAUGUGAAAACAUGAGGUUGUUGUCCCAGUCAGUUCAGAGGCUUCUGGUGUUGCUGGCAGCAUCUGGACCAGAACCAGUGAAGGCCUCCUUCUCUAUCAGACUCAACCUGUGACUCCAAUAACUUAUUUCCAGUCAAAAUAAUUAUCGUAACCAUCAUUUUUAUUUACUUUUUUUUUUUUUUUUUUUUUACUGAUUGUCGUAAAUAGUUUUUGGAUGGAUUCCAGCUUGUUUUUGUGCCCUUCUCCUGACCGAUGCAUUUGUAUAAUCAGAUCCUUCGUAACAAACCGCGUCUUCAUCUGAAGGCUGUCAGGAAACUCCUGCUUGACCAGCUGAGCCUCACUUACAGUUAAUCUCUAUAAUCAGUGUCAGGUGUGACUGAACUAAAAGGUGCUUCACGCUAAUGCCUCCAGUUUAUUGCAGCUUCUUCAUCACACAUUUUCACUUUAUCUCAGUUGUAUAUUUUCUGGUAAGCAAAUAAUAAUCAUUUUUAGAAUCUUAAAAGCUUGGUAUUUCACCAGGGUGUGUGGACGACGACUUCUUUUCUUUUUGGGUUUUUUUUUUAUCUCCAAUGCACAUGGAACCUUUUUUGUCUUUGCUUUUCUAAUUUUUUAUAAAUGUGAAUACAGAGACUUUAAAGUCUCAUCUGCUGAUGUUUUUGUAAGAUUAGUUUCUAUGCAUAAAAAAAAAGGAAAGCCAGCAAUUUUUUUACUUAUAUAUGAAACGGGUGUGCAUCAUUUCCCCCCUCUGUACUGUUGUGAUGGUAAUUUCUCUCUUUUGUUGUUUACAUUGGUUAAAAUGCCGGGCGGCCGCGUGAAACUCGUGCAUGUUUCGUAGCCGUUUGCGUACUUUCUGUUGUCCGUCGUUGAAUUCUUCCUAAUUUAUGGCUGCUGCAUGUUGGCGGGUCGUUUGUUUUUGGCUGCCGGGGAACGCGAGCCCGCCGAGCGAGCACUUAGAGAUGCGAGGGUGUGGAAAUUAGCAUCGAUGGUCAUAAUCAACAUGUUGAGCUUGUGUUUAUUAUUUUGUGACCACUCGUGAAUCCAAGUUGAUCUAAAAAGAAUAAAAAAUAUUUAAAAGUCAGCUUACUUUUUUUUCGUCAAUCUCUUGACCUCUGAAUACAUUCAGGUCGUUAAAAAUGUUUGUGCAUUUUGUUUGAAUGGUCGCAGUGUAACUGUUCAGGGAUGAUGUUGUUGUUGUAUAUAUUUUCUAGCUGUUCUUGUUGUGGAUACCUGCCUGCUCCUGUUACAUGUUACUCACUUUCCCCCAGCAUGGCUGACUCCUUUCCUUCUAAGCCCAAAAGUGACUGUCUGUGUAAAAGGAUGUAAUUUUGUUAUUACCUUCACGAGAAAACCUCAAUAAAGAAUUGAGGUUAAAUAUA